AGUCUCGUUUCGAUAUCUGUUUCCGGUAAAGUUUUCGUUCAGCUACGUAUAAAAAAUUGACUAAACAGCAUGGUUUCGAGACCAUUUAUUAGGAAUGGGCUAGCAAGGGCAAUGUAUGAUAAAAUUAUGUUCGAUAAUGAACAAAGAAAUAGUGAUCAUUCCCACUGGUAUGAAGUAAAUAAAUCAAUGAUACCAGCUGAAGUUUGCGAUAGAUUUAUACAAUUCAAUGAAGAUUCGGAUACAGAGAAAUUUUUAGAGAAUUGUUACGAAAAAUCUGAUUGGAUAUUUACACAAUUUUUCCAUCUGAUAGUGAAGAGUAUUUUAGGCUUCUUUCUUACGAAAACGUCAAUUAAUGGGUUUCUAGGACGAGGCUCGAUGUUUGUUUACUCCUCAGCUCAGUUCUUGGAAUUUCUGAGUGUAAGUGAGAACUUUCAUGCCGAAGCCCUGCUAGACAUUGGUGCUGGUGAUGGAAAGAUUACAGAAAAAAUGGAUCAGUUUUUCGAUCGCGUCUUUGUAACUGAAAUAUCUCAACCUAUGAUUAGUAGAUUGGAGAGUAAACGUUAUACAGUCCUAAACGCCUACGAUUGGUUUGACGAAGAGAAAAAGUAUGAUGUAAUCACCUGCCUAAAUGUCUUAGACAGAUGCGAUAAACCGGCUACACUUUUGUCGCAAUUAAAACAAUCUCUUAAGCCCAAUGGCCGGUUGAUAAUCGCUUUAGUGUUACCUUUUAAACCAUUCGUCGAAGCUGGGUUUGGACAUCGACCAUCUGAAUUUUUGCGAUUAGAAGGGAAAACCUUCGAAGAUCAAUUGACUUUCUUAUCUCAAGUGUUCUUUCCCAAUAUGGGCUUUAAAGUACAUGCAGUCAGUAAAGUGCCUUAUUUGUGUGAAGGAGGAUUAGAUACGUCCUUUUAUGUGAUAGAAGAUGCUUUAUUUUUAUUAUCCGCAAUAUAA